UUUGUUUACAUUGUUAGCAUCUCUGCUCCGUGCUUCAGCUAACAGCUAGCAGGUGGAUGUUGUCCCGCACAGCUUUGACUGUAAAUUGUAGUUUUAUAGGUUUAUCUAAAUGUGUUCAGUCAUUCCAAGCUAACCGGCUAACAGUGCUAACGGUCAGGAGCUCAUCCGGAAACAGGAAGAUGCCCAAAAAAGGAAAAGCGCAGGUCAAAGUUCAGCCGGCUGCAGUGGUUCAGCAGGAAGCUCCUUCUUCUCCGGUGACUCGAGAUAGAAGUGGAGCCGUUACCGUUACCGUUCACGCCAAACCAGGCGCCAAACACAGCGGCAUCACAGAUAUCUCUGCGGAGGCGGUGGGCGUCUCCAUCGCAGCGCCUCCUACAGACGGAGAAGCGAACACGGAGCUCAUCAGAUACCUGGCCGAGGUUCUGGACCUGAAGAAAAGUCACAUUUCUCUGGACAAGGGCUCCAGGUCCAGAGACAAAGUGAUCAGAGUCGACUCCUCCCUCAGUCCUGAGGAGGUGAUGAGGAGAAUCAGAGAGGAAGCUGGGUGAGGAAGAGGAGGAGGAGGAAGAUGUGCAGUCGCCAACGUCUUCCUACGAUUUUUGCUUCUAAGGAAAAAUGAAAAUGUAAUUAAAUGUUUUUCAUUAAUUUAAUAAAAAUAUCCCAUUUUUAAAAUGUU